UCUAAAGCAUAUAUUCUCUUCGAGCAUUGCAUCGUGCUAUCCAAAAUGACUCUAGGCUUCUUUUUACUGUUUUAGGGAUAGUGACAGAGACUACAGAGUCAAUCAAACAACUAGAUGAAGGACAUAAGUGACGUAAGAAACAAAAUUAGUUGUGAAAUAUGUGGAUUUACACUGAUGUGUACCUUUUUGAAGAGCAUCAUGGAAGACCAGGUUUUUCGAAGGAUCGAGUGAAGAAGGAUCUGAGAAUGAAGGAAUUGAUGUAAGGGUAUAUAUAUCAUUAAUCUCUCGCCUUCUUGAGUAAACUUGAACAAUUGGUGUCGUAUUGGUGCAGAUUGAACGGCGUUUGAAGGCACGAUAGUCAAUUGAUGCUCAAUAAAAGAAUUAGAACAUAGAUGAACAAUGUUAGAUGAUUGUUCAGUCACAACACGAGUAACCUGGUAGGCUAAGCACUCAUCUUUCUCCCCCUGACUUGUGAAAACAGGAGGUGUAUAAAAGAGUCGUGAAGUUUCUGAAAAUACCACAUCAAGUGAUACUAAAUAUUUACCAAGUUCAGUAGAAUAACACAAUAAGCUUCAAAUAGCCUCCAACAAAAAAUAUCAAGUAACAGUUUCGUCUCUAGUUUUCUUUUUCAAGAAAAGAUAAAAGACUUAUCAAAAAAGAUAAAAAAAAUAUAUAUAUACUUGUACUUUAAAAAACUCCCCUUUCUUUCCUAUACUUUUCAAGCUUUGUAUGCUCCGCCUCCUCCCUAAAGAUCGCCGAAAACUGAUUUUCCCAAAUUUUUUCUAGACUCUAGUCAAAGUGUCCGAAUCCGACACACACCCUGCAUCCAUACCAGUGUCGCGUCGAGACAAGUUCGCCUGCAAAAAUGAAAGAGUUCGCACAACAUAGUCGACAACUCCGCCGGUGUGUAAGACUCAGAACCUUCUACUCUGGCCACCAACUUUUAGGGUUUUGUAGAUCGGGGAAAGACGGUCCUCCUUAAGUUGGUAGUAGAAAACUAAAUUUUAGGUACAAAAAUUGCAUUCACGUACGUGACCAAAUCCCGGAGCUUUUUGUCCUAACUCCGACAAAGAAGAUAUAAAGUUUUGCUUCCAUGUAAAAUACAGAGACAUUGGUUCAAUUUCCCUUAAUAUAUUGUUCCAAUAACAACAACUAUUUGAAGGUAUACAAGUAAAUCUAUCUUAGGAAUAAAAAUCAAGUAAAUCUAUCUAAGGAAAUAAAAUUUAAAAAAAUCCUAAAUAUCUUUCUCUAUGAUUGUGCUACGUAUUAUAUAUAAACAUGUCUAAGUAAAUCCCAUUAAGCUUGUAAUUCCAUCCACUUGAAAGAUACCUGUCAUAGGAUAACCCAACAAACAUAAAGGGAAAUGCGUCUUGCAUAGAAAUAGGAAAAUCAUUCAAACCCUAGCAAACCUUUCUGCACCCAAAAGAUGGAUCUACGGCUUUGCAAAAGGCCCUUCCCUUGUUCAAGAGAAAGCGAGGACUUUCUUUUAGCUACCGGCCCAAACAAAAGAGAUUAGCCUCUUGAUCGAUCGAUUGAUUGGAUCGAAGUACGAAUGGGUUGAUUGAAGUCUGAGAUCAGCCCAAGACUAAGGCCGGGCUGCUGGGUACAAAUAAGCCAGGUAAAGACGAGUAGGCAGGGCGUUAGGCUAGUUCCAGUGGGGUACGUAAACGAGGAUAGGUCCACUGUUCCUGUUCUGGUUGUUCCGAAGGUUCCCAACUUUCUCCGCUUUCCGCAACCGUAACCACUUUUCAUUCCGAUUACUUCAUCCAUAAACCUUUUUUUAUUUCAAAAUAGCGAUACGCUCUAAAAAAGUAAAGGAGAAGCUUCCAUUCUAGAAGCGGUAACUUCCCGCCUCCCUCGGGGUGAGAAGUUCCCUUCCCUUUUCUAAAAUGCCUGAGGGGUCUGCUCAGCAAACAUACAAAGUUGAAGAGACAAAUAAGAAAAUGAAAAGAGUUGAAGAUCAGAGUCGAAUCAGUAAGUUGCCCGAUUCUCUUCUUAUUCUAAUUCUCUCACUUUUGCCAACAAAAGAUGCCUUCACAACAUCUGUUCUCUCAAAAAGGUGGGAGCAUUUAUGGCCUUCAAUUGAUAGCUUCUUUUUCUCUUGUAAAGAUAAAUCGCAAAGGAAAAACUUCAUAUCCUUUGUCGAUUACGUAUUAGAUCAUUCUACUUGUUCAAAAAUUAAAAACUUCCAUUUGAAUUUCACCCACCUAUCCAAAUACGAGCAACGAGUUGGUUUUGUUGAUGACAUUGUAGAUUUCACAAUUAGCCGAUGGGUUCCUACUAAUGAGGUGAAAAAUAAAAAUAAAUUAUUGUUCCCAAUCUCCCGAUGGCUUGGUACUGCUGUUGAAAAGAAUGUUGAAAAUAUUAUACUGUUGUCAGAUUCAUAUGAGAAUGACUCUAUUGACUUGCCUGACACUAUCUACAAGUGUUCUUCCUUGAUAACAUUAGAUCUCACUUGUUGUAUACUUGACAAGGAAAUCGUCAUAGAGUGGAAGUCUUUAAAGACCCUACGGUUGAAUGACAUAACCUUAGAUGAUGACAGAAUUGUAAACAUACUCUCAGGUUGUCCUGCUUUGGAAAUCCUUGAAUUUCUUGAAUUCUCCGGAUUCCGUCAUAUGGAAAUUAGUUCUUCAAAUUUAAAGAGGCUUAAGUUCAAAAAUCAUUUGUCGUAUGAUAACUCUGAUGAUCUCUCUUUGGAUAUUUUUGCCCCACAUGUUCAACAUUUGGAGAUCUCUGGAUAUAUGUAUGAUCUUAGGUGUAGGCUAGUAAAUGUAUCAUCUCUGGUCAGUGUGAAGCUUACUUUCCAAAUGAACUGGACUUGGUUUGAUCAAGGUCCUGAUGAGCAUCACGUUAUAAAGACACUCAUCGAAGAUUAUCUUCAAAAGUUGAGGAAUGCAACUGAGUUAACUUUUGGGACUUGCUUCAUCGAGGUACUGAUGCAGUUUGAUAAGAUGUCACUUCCAGAAUUGAAAUGCAAGUGUCUAACUCUGGAUUGGCAUAUCACAGAGCCUUAUUUCUAUGGAGCAGCUAUCAUGUUGCGAGCCUCGCCUCAUGUGGAGACACUCAACAUAACCAUGGAAACUACUUCUUUGGAUCUUGAGCAAUGCCCAUUUGAAUUGGGAUAUUUGGCCAAAGAACAUGAUAUUCAUUUCCUGUCAAGCUUCGAGUUUCCCAACCUUAAGAAUGUCAAGGUUGUCAAUGCUUCCAAGAUCUGCUUGAAGGAGCAUCUUGAAUGGGAUAAUGAUGAUCUUUUCAAACUUUCAGAAUUUCUACUAAAGAAUACAAAAGUUUUGGAGAAGUUCGUAAUAAUAUCAAGGAGAAAAAAUUGUAGUAUCUGUUCAAUGGACUGUGCUUCUCAAUAUUCAUCUCGAUUGGCUACGAAAUUGGUAUGUUGCCCAAGAUCCUCUACCAGUUCUAUGAUCAUUUGCAAAGAGGGAGCUUUCUGUGACUAGAUUGCAAGUUGUUUUCUGUUUCAGUACCAUAAAUGUUACUUUAUAUUUAGUUUUUGAUUUACUGUUGGUGAAAAUCUUGAAUUUUUCUAUGUAACUAAUGACUCUUUGUUCUUGUUAUCAUGUCCUUGUGACAUACCAAUGUUAUGGUUGU